CUCUCGCUUUAUACCACGGAUUAUGCAUCUUUGAGCUGCUUAAAGCAGUGCCGACUCAUCACUAAAAAGAUUUCAGCCAAAAGUUCGUUUUAUUCUUAUUGAAGGAGAUUGAAGAAGUAUCGCUUAAUCAUUGAAAGUGGGGUAUAUUGUUUCUUUGAAAAUUCUACAAUAUGAUUAUAACGCUGAAAAAUUUACAACAACAAACGUUUACGGUAGAAAUUGACCCAUCCGAAACGGUAAGAGAACUUAAAAAACACAUCGAGACUCAAGAAGGUUUUCCUACCGAACAUCAGAAGUUAAUAUAUGCUGGAAAAAUACUAAUAGAUGACAAACCAUUGACAGAAUAUAGUAUCGAUGAAAAGAAAUUUAUAGUCCUUAUGAUUACAAAACCUAAAGCUGGUAGUGGUUCUACUGCGACUGAAGAGCACAAUGUUGAAAGUGACAACAAAGAAGACACAACUACCAGCUCAGCACCACCACCUAGUACAAAUCCUACUGCUCAAACCGUUUCUCAACCACCUACAAAUGUGCAAGAAUCAACCGUGACAGAGCCAGUGGCCGCUGGAGGACAAGCCGAGAGUGCCUUGCUGAUGGGUGAAGAAUAUAAUACAAUGGUAAACAAUAUUAUGGAUAUGGGGUAUGAACGAGAACAGGUUGAACAAGCUUUAAGAGCAAGUUUUAACAAUCCGGAUAGGGCAGUUGAGUAUCUUCUGACAGGUAUACCUGCUCAACUGUUUGAAGAUCCAUUAGAGGAUCCUGCUGAAGCGCAAGAACAAGCUCAAGAUCAAGGUCAAGAUCCUUUGGCAUUUUUGCGAAUGCAACCACAAUUUCAACAGAUGCGUCAAGUUAUUCAACAGAAUCCUCAACUCUUAAAUACUGUGCUCCAGCAAAUAGGACAAACUAAUCCUGCCCUUUUACAGCACAUUUCACAAAAUCAGGAAGCAUUUAUACGUAUACUGAAUGAGCCAGUAGAAACAACUGGUGGUACAGGCGCACGAGUUACACCGGUGUCUGCAGCAGCAGUAGCAUCAGCAGCUGCUUCAGGUGGUCUUUCAGGCGGUGGUGGUGGAACUACUAAUACCCGAUCAGGCUUUGAAAUGAUUCAGUUGACACCACAAGACAGAGAGGCUAUUGAUAGGUUGACGGCAUUAGGAUUUCCUGAACAUUUAGUUGUACAAGCUUACUUUGCAUGUGAAAAAAAUGAGAAUCUUGCUGCUAACUUUUUGCUAUCUCAAAGUCUCGAUGAUUGAAGUUAUACAUAUGUAUGAGUUUGAAAUAUCAAUGGACUGAGAAAGGGUGGUUAAUUACAUCUAUAACCACUUAUUUUCACAGUAAUUACGAUUGCUUUGUUUGUAAAUAUACGUACAUGUUUAGGAUAUUUUAUUCAUUAUAUACAGGAGAAUUGACAUGUAUAUCAACAAGCUAAAAAUUUUAUGUGAUAUAUUCAUAAAUGUAUCCAAAAAAAAAAGAAAAAAUAACAAAAAUAACAAAAAUAGCUGGAAAUGCAACAAAUCUAUAAAAUAACA